GUCCCGUACGUUGGCCUGAAGCCGUCUGUUUCCUUUAGACCUGCCGAAGGAAAUAGGUUAGAAACCUAUUAAGUGUAAAAAUCUAGAUGAGCAGCUGAGGCCGAACUUGCUUGCCUUGGCAAAGCCGUAUUCCAUUUGAAACAAUGGACUCCAAAUUUCGAAUAUAGAAUUAUUCUGCUUCAAACGUAAUUGAUUUGUUUUGGCCUUUGGACGAAAUGGCAUUUUCGUUAUCUGUAUAUAGCAGUUUGGAGAUUCCCGACCGUCCAUCUCCAGCAAUCGAGUUUCAUGCAUUGUGGGCUACCAGCAUUCACUACUUCAGGGACAUCGUGACUUCUAAUGCUGUUAAGGCUAACCUAUGGAUUUUUUGGCAAGCCAGAUUACCGAACAAGCAAUGCUUUGAUAUACUCGGUUUUCUAUCGAUGCUUCAUUCCGAAAUAGAUAGCUGCCGAGCCGACUUUCGUUAGUAAUUUUGACGACUCGAUAUCGAACGUCAAUGCUGCAAUGACUCUUUUGAAAAGCUCUGAUAGACAGAAGAACGGCACAAGUGCCGAUACUCAUUUACCGUACCGUGACACGGAAGUCAGUGUUGUCCUAUUUGGAGAUCAGGCUGUAGGAAAACGCACGUGGCUCGAGACUCUGGCCAAAGCAGCGGUCAGCUCGCAGACCUAUUACAUCGCUCACGAUGUGACUGCGCACGCAUUUAAGAUGAAGACGAACAGCCCCAUGAGUCGAUUUUCUACGUUUCAUAUCUACGUGAGACCAACGACCCCCGAACGCUCGAAUCAGUCUUGGUUAGGGGGCCUUGAACAUGGCUACACCGUGAACGCGCAGGGUUUUUUCGUUCUGUUUGAUCUAUCCAACGUCGAGAGCUUCUGGCACCAGAUUGACUUCUGCAAGAGUUUGCGAUUGUACAGAGACAUACCUGUGAUUACCAUCGGAAACGUCACUUGCAAGCACCGAAUGGCCUAUCUGCCUCCUGAACUCCACUAUAUUCAGGUUAAUGUUAGGUCUGAGCAUGAAGCCCUGCGACCGCUAACGGAAAUGAGGCUACGGCUUGGUCAGAUAGGAGAUGUCCUUCCGUGCAGUCGAGAAUCAUUGGCUGCCAUGUCUGCAAUGAAAGGCGAAAACGACGAGAAUGACGAGGAUAUUCACAAGAAGCAAAGUCCUUAACAUCUGGCCGUUUCCUGUAUUUGUAUUGUGAUUGAUUUCAUGGAAACGUCCCGUGGUGCCAAUUUGGUGCAAUUUUUUACCUGCA